GCCUGUGAAGACACGGCUGCUGCCACGGCUGCUGCUGAUGCUGCUGCUGCUGAGGGUGGAGGGUCCAUGGCCGCCUCACAUCAGAUGACAAUGCUUUGCCUCAAAGACCUGAGCCUUGGAGUCACAAGGGGCAGACGCACACCGAGCCCGGUGACAACAGACAGAGAUGUGUCCUGUUGUUGAUAAGACAGGCGAGCAAAGGCUCAUCGUGUCCAAACCAAGGCAGCAAUGGCAAAGAGAGAUUACCUGGUGGAGGCGGCCAAGCAGAUCCGCAUGGCACUGGACAGCGAGGUCAAUGAGGACUACGAGGCAUCCUUCAGUUACUAUAAGAACGGGGUGGACCUGCUGCUGAAUGGGGUUCAGCUGGACCCAAACAAGGAACGUCGGGAGGCUGUGAAGAGAAAGACAACCCAGUAUCUGAAGAGAGCGGAAGAAAUCUUCAUAACGCAUCUGCAGGACAACUUGGGGAAGGGAAGCUCUCAUUUAGGGGGUUACAGCAGCCUGAGAUUCCGUCCAAUCAGACACUUGAGUUCACCUGUGGAGGAUCUGGAGAUGUGUAAGGUGGUGGGAGUGACUGAUAAGGUCCUGAUUGUCCAAAGUAUGGUCAAUAAGGAGACAUUUGUAGUUAAGAGUCUGGUCAAGUCGAGCUGGGAGAGCAGGGAUCAGCCAACCAUCAUUCCUCAGGGGGUGCCGUACAUGGUUAAGCUGCUAAGAUAUUACGUCAGCGAGGAUGCUGUGUACCUGCAUCUUGAGCACGUCAAAGGUGGAAGGCUCUUCUCCAAGCUGCACAAGCUGAGGAACGAGAAGGCCAAGGAACACCCAGAAUGCUUCACUUCUGGCCAGCCCAGCAUCAAGCUGAAGACCAGCUACACCUCACCCACAAUCAGCACAGACUACCAGCACAGCAGCAUAGGGAGAGCAGGAGUGAUUCCAGAUAAAUUAAGCGAUGAGAGCCCAGACACCGACUUCCCCACCUCAUGGGACGAGACUCAGCAGCGACUGGAGAGCUGUGGGACUCACUCCUACAUCGAGGAGACGGGUUGUCUGCAGAACACGCGCUCCGCGGCAUCAUUUUAUACCAAGCUUGAUCGGCUAGCUCUGAAUUCAGGCCCGUCGAGGACAAAGGUCAACACGCACAUCCAUCCACCAGCUCCUAGUUUGUGUUUGCACUCCAGUGAAACUCAGGAACAGCCCGCUCUUCCUCUCGCUUGCUCUCGUGUCAGUCAAGCCCUCGAUGUCAUGUCAGAACUCCGUAAAAAUAAAGCUGCAAUGGGAUUGACAGAGUGCAGCUCGGAGUUUGAAGUGGCUUGGAAAUCUGCUGAUCCAGUACAUAACUGUGUACAAAUGAACCCCUAUGCAGUGACCGACAGUCAUCUCAAUAGCACACAAAGACAAACACCACCUCACACAAAUCAGACCUCAUUUGUAAAAGCGGGAUCACCACACAGUGAAACUAACGGUUUGAGUUCAUCCCCUGCCAUUUUGCAUCUUCCUCUCCAUUGCCAAACCCAGAUCCAUGGCAGGGCAUCAUGGGAAACAAAUGGCUCACACCUAGGAUCUGUUUUGACAGGAAACUCUGCAGACGUGGUGACAAACUCAAAGAGAGACGGCAGCAGUCCCACCACAGAGGAAAGAAAUGGCAUGGUGGUCAUCAGGAGCACAGACAGAGCAGUAUUUUCUGAACACACAGACACCUCAGAAAGCUCUGGCUCUUCUUCCCUCUGCCACAGCAAUGGAGGGAAACAGGGGGCAUUUUCAGGGAUCCCCUUGGCCCUUUCAGGGGUGAGGUACAAAGAGGAAACACGUUUGAGUGGGACAAGGGAGGGUGUAGAGGAGGCCUGCAAAUUGCUCUGUCCUGGAGAGGAGGUGGCAGCAGGAAAAGAGCGAUCGUUUGUGGGCUGGCUCACCUCUAGCUCUACUGGAGCCUCGUCCUACAGGGGGGGAGAGGGUGCGGAUGACUUACUUAAAUCAGCAGGAUCGGAGGGGCAGGGGGAGGACCAGAUCAUAGAGGUGGAUGGAUGGUGCCACCUGCCUCGGAUCCCCAUGAAGUCCUCCAGGUCUAUAGAUAAGGCCAUGCCGACCUGCUGGGGCCUUCCAGAGGCAGAGGUGCGCGUCUGGGGGGCUCAGAUUCUGCUGGCCCUGGAGAGUCUACAUCAGCAAGGCAUCCUGUGUCGGGACCUUAACCCUAAAAAUGUUCUGCUCACUAGCAAUGGAAAGGUGUGUUUGACUUUUUUCGGACAGUGGAGUGAGGUUCAGUCAGAGAUCAGCUCCAAAGCCAUGGAACAGAUGUACUGUGCUCCAGAAAUCGGAGGUGUGUCCAGGGCUACGGAGGCUUGUGAUUGGUGGAGCCUUGGGGCUUUGUUGUUUGAACUCUUAACAGGAAUGCCACUGUGGCAGCUCCAUCCAGCAGGAAUCCAUUCUCACACCCAGCUGAUCAUCCCCGACCACCUCAGCGCUGCAGCUGCGUCUCUGCUAACAGAGUUGCUACAGUUUGAUGCUGGCUAUCGCUUGGGUUCUGGAGGCGGAGGCGUGAGUGACAUCAAGUGUCACCCCUUCUUCAGCAGUGUCUCCUGGAAGGCUUUGAGCUGCUAGCAGGUGCAGCUGCUUCACCUCUGACCUCUCCGUCCUGCAUUGGAGUUGAAGUUGAACACUGACUCCUCGUGUGGCCAAAAAAUGGACGCAGCACCAGAUCCUUGUUUUUACUUUGUUUCCCAAGGAAAAAUGACAAUAAAAACUGAAACAUGAACAAAACAGCCGAACCAUGUCGCUUCCAAAACAUGAAAAUAAUUUAUUACUUUGCUUCCGAGACUCAUGAUUACAAUUUAAGGUACCUUUGAUGCAGUUUUUGGUAUAUUUCAAUUUUAUAGUACCCAUGCAUGAAAACAUACACAAUAUGAGAAUAAAUUCUGACAAUAACAGAUGUUUGGACUGUCGAAAAAAAUUAAUAUCAGGCAAUAAAUUGU